CGUCCGAUAAUCGGUCGACUCUUGAACUUGAGCGGAAUGGCAAAUACAGGAGUACUACCGUUUGUACGAGGGGUCGAUUUUAGUAGCAAUAAUUUUGGAGAUGGUAAAUUUCCAGAAUCUGUUCGCCUAAUGACUGGUAUACAAUGGCUGAAAUUGGACGAAACCAACUUGACGGAGAUCCCAGAAGAGAUGGGCAAAUUACUGAAGCUGGAGCACCUUUCGCUGGUUAAGAACAAAUUGGAACGUUUAUACGGAGAACUGACGGAACUCUGCUGUCUUCGGACGUUGAACAUAAGGCGCAACAACGUUAAAUCAAGCGGUAUCCCGGCAGAACUGUUUCAUCUAGAAGAACUAACCACCUUGGACUUGAGCCACAACAAUCUGAAGGAAGUACCGGAAGGACUUGAGCGAGCUCGUUCUUUGUUAAAUCUGAAUUUGAGUUAUAAUCACAUCGACGCGAUUCCCAAUACGUUGUUCAUUCAUUUAACCGAUUUGCUGUUCCUGGAUCUUAGCAACAAUAAGUUGGAAACACUACCGCCGCAAACCCGCCGCCUAGCCAAUUUGCAAACUUUAAAUUUGAAUCAUAAUCCGCUGGGACACUUUCAGCUGAGGCAAUUACCAUCCUUGAUGAAUUUAACAACCCUACAGAUGCGCGAUACGCAACGAACGUUGAGCAAUAUCCCUUCGAGUUUGGAGACGUUGACGAAUUUGCAGGAGCUUGAUUUAUCGCAGAACAAUUUACCCCGAGUACCGGAUGCGCUUUACUCUUUGUUGAAUUUACGUCGCUUGAAUUUAAGCGAUAAUCAAAUAACAGAACUGUCGACAGCAAUCGAACUUUGGACUAAAUUGGAAACGUUGAAUAUAUGUCGUAACAAGUUGUCCGCGAUACCAGCCUCCCUAUGUAAGAUUGUUACUCUCAGAAGAUUAUACUUGAACGACAAUCGAUUAGAUUUCGAAGGUAUUCCUUCGGGUAUCGGUAAGCUGUCGUCGCUGCAAGUAUUUUCUGCGGCUAAUAACCGUUUGGAAAUGAUACCCGAAGGCUUGUGCAGAUGCGGAUCGUUGAAAAAACUAAUAUUAUCGUCCAAUCGGUUGAUCACCGUACCGGACGCCGUUCAUCUUCUCACCGAUUUGGAACAACUGGACUUGAGGGAUAAUCCAAAUUUGGUAAUGCCGCCGAAACCGACAGAGGUUCGAAAAGGUUCCGGCAUCGAGUUUUACAACAUCGAUUUUUCUCUGCAACACCAAUUGCGGCUCGCUGGCGCUAACGUACCCACGCCCAUUCAAACUGCCGGCAGCAAAGAUCCGAUAGCUCGCAAAAUGAGGCUCAGAAGAAGACGAGAUCAAGAAGAAGCUGAUCAAGAUCAAGCCAAAAUAUUAAAGGGUAUGAAGGAUAUAGCAAAGGAGAAAAAUAAAGAUAAAGAGUGCGAAGAAUCUAAAGCGGAAUCGUUGAAACCUAAACGAUGGGACGAAACUCUGGAAAAACCGCCUUUGGAUUAUUCUGAAUUUUUCGACGAAGAUGCCGGUCAAGUGGCUGGUUUAUCGGUGUGGGAAAUAGAGAAUUUUCUACCUAACGAAAUAGAAGAAGUCGCUCAUGGAAAAUUUUACGAAGGCGAUUGCUACAUUGUUUUAAAAACAGAGAUCGACGAAGCUGGUUCUCUGGUUUGGGCGAUUUAUUUCUGGAUAGGGGAAAAAGCUACGUUAGACAAAAGGGCGUGUGCAGCAAUUCAUGCUGUAAACUUACGCAACUAUCUAGGUGCGCAGUGUCGUACUAUCAGAGAAGAACAAGGCGAGGAAUCGGACGAAUUUUUAAUGCUGUUCGAAUCUGGCAUUACGUACAUCGAAGGAGGUCGAACCUCGUCUGGCUUUUACACGGUCGAAGACACGCCUUCGGUAACACGACUCUAUAGAGUACAUGCUGCGGGAGCUUCGAUUCAUUUGGAACCGGUUCCAGUUCGCUUCGAUUCUCUGGAUUCGGGUUUCGUAUUCGUCUUAGACACUGGCAACAAGAUUUUCAUAUGGUACGGCAAAACAGCGAAAAGUACGCUGAAGUCGAAAGCAAGGUUAAUGGCUGAAAAAAUCAACAAAAACGAAAGGAAGAAUAAAGCGGAGAUAGUAACGGAAAUAAUGAAUUCAGAGUCGGAUGACUUUCUAUCGUGCUUGAACGUCGAAGAUACUUCGCAGGUGCCAGCGAUCUCUGAACACGUAGAUCCAAAUUUUAUGCCACUUGCACCGCGUCUGUAUCAAGUUCAACUUGGCAUGGGUUAUUUGGAAUUGCCUCAAGUCGAAGUGCCUCGUGGAAAACUUACCAACACGCUUUUGAACAAUCGCAAUGUUUAUAUAUUGGAUUGUCAUGUAGAUGUUUACGUUUGGUUCGGCAAAAAAUCUACUAGAUUGGUACGAGCAGCUGCUGUCAAGCUUUCCCAAGAAUUGUUCAACAUGAUAGAACGAGCGGAUUACGCGAUGGUAACCAGGUUACAAGAAGGGACUGAGUCGCAGAUCUUCAAAUCGAAAUUUGCCGGAUGGGACGAAGUUAUAGCGGUUGAUUUCACCAGAACUGCUGAAUCGGUUGCUAAAACUGGCGCAGAUCUUACGAAAUGGGCGAAACAACAGGAAACGAAGGCAGAUCUAGCCGCGCUCUUUAUGCCCAGACAACCAGCCAUGUCGUUCGCCGAAGCUCAACAGUUGAUGUCAGAAUGGAACGACGAUUUGGAAGGAAUGGAGGCGUUGGUUUUAGAAGGGAAAAAAUUUGUACGUUUGCCGGAAGAAGAAUUGGGACACUUUUACAGCGGUGAUUGUUACGUGUUUCUAUGUCGUUAUUGGAUGCCGUUAGAUACGACGGAAAACGAGGACGGGGAUGAGCAAUUCGAAGAGGAUUAUCAAUGUACGGUAUACUUCUGGCAGGGAAGAGACGCAGGAAAUAUGGGAUGGCUGACGUUUACGUUUAGUUUGCAGAAAAAAUUUAAGUCGUUGUUCGGUGAGAACUUAGAAGUAGUCAGAACUCAUCAGCAACAAGAGAAUUUAAAGUUUUUAGCAUACUUUAAAAGAAAGUUCAUUAUUCGUCGUGGCAAGCGUAAACAGCCUAAAGCUUCUUCUUCUUCUUCUUCUUCUUCUUCUACCGGUAACAAGGUUGAAUUUUAUCACUUGAGGAGUAAUGGAAGUGCAUUGUGUACUAGACUGAUACAAAUACCGGCCGAUUCGACGCUGUUGAAUUCUUCUUUUUGUUAUAUCUUAAAUGUACCGUUCAAUAACGACGAUGAAACGGGAAUAGUAUAUGCUUGGAUUGGUUCUAAAGCGGACACCGAUGAAGCUCGUUUAAUUCAAGAGAUCGCUGAAGAAAUGUUUAACAACCCGUGGAUAAGUCUCCAAGUUUUAAACGAAGGUGAAGAACCGGAUAAUUUUUUUUGGGUAGCUCUUGGUGGAAAGAAAACUUACGACACCGAUGCGGAGUACAUGAAUUACACUAGACUGUUUAGAUGUUCGAACGAGAAAGGAUAUUUUACGAUUAGCGAGAAAUGCACCGAUUUUUGUCAAGAUGAUUUAGCGGAUGAUGAUAUCAUGAUACUCGACAACGGUGAACAAGUAUUUUUGUGGUUAGGAAGCCGCUGUUCCGAAGUAGAGAUUAAAUUGGCGUAUAAGUCUGCUCAGGUAUACAUUCAACAUUUACGGGUAAAACAGCCGGACAGACCACGUAAACUGUUUCUAACUGCGAAAGGCAAAGAAUCCCGUAGAUUCACCAAAUGCUUCCACGGAUGGAGUUCACAUAAAAGACCACCUCAGUGAAACGUACAAUGGAAGAUUUCAGUUUGAUUCGUUUUGACAUUUUGCUGCCCGUAAUUUAUUAUGUUUAUACGAAUAAAAGAACUAAGAAGGACAAUUUCCAUUUGUAAUUCUUUAGAAUAGUAAGAUCUGUUUUUUUUUUUCCUCCUAUUGCGUUUAUUUUUGCAUUCAACGAUGCACUAUUUACAAAAUUUAACCGACGUUUAUGCCGACGUCCGUUUGUCUCUUUGGAAAAGAAAGGUUUUAUCGAGCGAUACCAUAGUUCGAUCCUUGUCACACUUUCAUAAAUGUUCUACUGCAAAUGCAUUGUCAAGUCGCGCAAUUUUUUGCGAAAGAAGAGUAUUUCGUUGCGGUACUUUUUUUUUUGUACCACUGAAGGAUCGUUGCAGAA